CCACAAGCUGCCGGCAGGAGGGCGGCUGGGCGGCCGAUGGUCUGGAGACCACUGAUGCCUCGACGUCGUCUUUCAUCAUGAGUGCCCUCCUGCUCCCCACAGCGGCGAAUUGGGGCAGAACUCCUUUGGUUCGAGUGGACCGGUAGGCAGGACACACCACACUCAGACACACACAUGCAUCCAUUACGGCCUCUUCUUUGUGUCAUGUGUUGGUCUCCUCAGCCAUGCUCACGGCGGUGUGCUGGACGGCCUCCUGAACCACUCACCCCACCAGCCCCCCAACCGAUGCACCGCCGUCAUGGCGGGCAGGGUGGUCGACGGCGAUGAUCGCCCUGUAGAGAUUCGGACUCUGCUGCUGACGCCGUUCGAUGGCCCAUUCGUCGCAUGGAUCGUUCUAUGUAUCUGUCCCGACACGACCACAGGUGAGGCGUCACAGAUGCUCUGUUGAUUGGGCCAUCCUUUGACGUGUGCUGUUUCGCUGAAUGCAGUGUUAGUUCGUGUCGUCACCAGCGAGCCGCCAGUAGGUGAUCCAUCGGCUGCCUUCAAGGACCGCCGGCCCGCUACCGCCCCUCUGGUGGGCGGCCUGGUGGGCAGCACCAUCGCAGAUAUGGUGGUCAUCCAACAGGAGGAAGUCAUUGAAGGUGAGUGUGUGAGUGUGCAGGCAGCCGCCUCCAUCUCGGUAGGUCUCUCACUCGGAUGUGGUUUGUGUGUGUGUGCAGACAAGGAUGGCGACUCGGAGGAGGGCGAGGGCGAGGCCAAACAGCGACUCGACGAGUGAGUGACCAGGAGAGCAGACACUCACACCCAUCUAUUGUGUGUUGGUGUGAUGGCAACAGGGCUGAGGCAUGCAAGCACCAGGGCAACACGUCCUUCCAGUCGCGGCAGUGUGAGGACGCCCUGCGACACUACACGAAGGCCGCCCGCCUCCUAGCGUUCGUAGCUUCUAGCCCCGCCAUCGAGGAGGAGAGGGACCGCCUGGCUACCAAGUGCAAAGUCAAUGAGGUAUGGCCGUGGGCAGGCACACGAACACCCAACACGCCACACCAUGUGUGUGUCUGUUGUGUCGAUUUAUGAGUGCAGGCGGCGUGCUAUUUGGAGUUGAAGGACUACGCCAUGACGAUCCGCCGGUGCACGGAGGUGCUGGCCGUGGACCCCCACGUGGUCAAGGCCCUCUACCGCCGGGCGCGUGCCCAUCUGGAGUGCAAGGACUUCGGUGAGGCCAAGAGGGACGUCAUCAGGGCACUAGACAUCGCACCCAACGACACAGAACUCAGGUAGGUGUCUGCAGAAGGAGAGGCAGACAUAGAGGGGACGAGGGGGGCCAAGGCGUAGGCGAUUUCAUGGUCUGUCUCUCUGCUUGUGUUGUCUGAUGCAGUAAGUUGCUGCGUGAGGUCAAGAAGAUGCAAGCGGACGAGGAGGCCAAGGAGAGACGCAAACUCAAGUGUGUGACAAACCACAUAUGAUCCCGUCUCUUGUCCAUUUCGCUCUCUCCCCAUUGAUGCAGGGCGUUCUUCGAGGCUUAG